AUGAUCUCUUGGUGUUGCACUGCCGCGAAGGAGCGGAAGACAAGCACAAAAUGCUCCGCUCGCUGCGCUCUAGAUGCUGCAUCGUGUCUACAGAAUGGAGAAUGCACAUUUCCACUCGAGAAAACAGUCAAAGCCGAUUGGCGUGUGGUGCUACAAGACGCGCCGAUCUAUUACUUUGAUACCGUGGUACUCUUGCCGUGGGUGGAGACAUUGGAGAUAAUAGGAAACAAGACGCGCGUGGUAUUUAAUGACGUCCACCCUUGGACAGGCAAGCAUCUGACUGCGGUCUCAUUCGCUGGCUUAGAUUUUACCGAUUCCCCGUUACCGCUUAUGCCACACUCAGUUACCCACUUACAAUUUGUAAACUGUGUCUUUAACCAAUUUUCUAUCGCGUGGAUCAUGUCCCUCUCGGAGCUUAAGUCGCUUGUGCUCAAAAACAAUUCACUAUCUGAUGAGACACAGAUACUGAUGGAACUCAGUGAGCGACAAUUUCAGGUGCUGAGAUCACGAUUGUCAGACGGGAGUAUUCAUCAGGAUGAAAUAGAUGAAGAAGGAAUGUCAAAAUGCACAGUCUUACGAGGCCGCAUCCGAAGACUAGGUGGCUUCAAUGUGUGUAUUAUGCCUGAUGAAGAAGCCACAGUGACUCGGCAAUUGCAGACGCACGUGGACUCGGUAUUUUUUAAUAGUGAAGAAGAUGACACAACUUUUCAAGAGGAUGAAGUUAAGACUUCUGAGCAGGAUACGCCGACUCUUGUGCUGAUCAGUAUGGCAUUGCCAUUCAUCUACUUUCUGUAUAAAGUUGUUCUCUACAUCUCGUUUGCGAGAGCGAGUCAUCGCGAUAGUAACAGUGACGUUUCACCCGUCACCAACUCAAAAGUUGUGGACAUAAAUGAACAAGAGCGUUCUACGGCCAACGUAUCGACCACUUCACCAACUGUCAGUCCAGUUCAACGUGCGCAUCGAAAAGAAAAAAAAUCGUUUUUUUUCGGUACUGAAAACGCUGACUUUUGGGUGGACGAAGAAUUGCAACAGUGGCGACUGAAUUUUCAUCGUCUAAAAUUGCUUAAGUGGCUGAACGUACCGACUGAUGAGAAGCGCCAGACGUUGCGUAAACAAAGUGUGACGACUACCAUAAAUCCUCAUGAAAUUUGGCUGGCGUCUUUGGCAUCAAAUGAACAGGCGGUGGUAGGCUCAUCAGAAAAAACAUUUGUGGUGGCAAAAUUUCUGCCGCCCAAAGAAAAUUCUGGUCGGCGAUCUUCAACAUGUGGCACGAGAGAUAAACUGAAGAGCGAAGUUAAGCGUCAAGCUCAACUAAAUCACCCGCAAGUCGUGUCAUUUAUCGGCGUUGCCUGGUCGCGCGGAACGAACUUGGUCGCUAUCACAGAAUAUAUGACUCAAGGUGAUCUUCGACAGUGGCUUCGUCGAACUGCAGUCACUCACAGUGGCAAAUGGACAGUUUCUAAAGUUCAAAUGUUGCUAGAUGUAAGUAGCGCGCUGCUUUACAUUCACUCUGUACUCCCCCAUUCGGUGCAUGGUAAUUGCAAUUCUCGGAACGUACUGCUGAAUGAUUCACUGCGUGCUAAAUUGAGUGAUUUUGGAAUAGACAGUAGGUCUGAUGGUUUCACGGAUCAAGAGCUCACGUCGUACAGUAUAGUGGGUUCCGGUCGCUGGAUAUCGCCUGAAGCUCUUUUAGGCCGUGAGACUUGUGCGACGUAUCCAGAUGCAAGCGACGUUUACUCUUUUGGAAUUCUCGUUGCUGAGGUAGAUUCACAUGAGUUGCCGUUCUCAGAUUUAUUGCAAGCAAAUCGGUCCGCUGUGCCCGAGUCGGACAUUUUGCAACUUAUUGCUAGAGGUGCCUUGUCGCCUACAUUGUCGCCAGGGUGCCCCCAAAGUAUCGUCAAGCUCGUUAACGCAUGUACGAGCUAUAACCCCAAGCACAGACCUAGAAGCGCACAAAUGCAACAGGAUCUGCUUCGCAUUCUGGAUGAGAUCCGAGCAAUUAGUAAUGAUGCGACAGCUCCGAUAGCAGGUGAUGUCCCUUCACGCUCUCGUACAAGUGCAACAAAAUAG